CCAAUCCCCGCGAUGGACGCCGCCUCCCGUCCGGCGCCGCCGCACCCCACUUCCGGCGCUUGAUCCCACGCCCGCUGCCGCCCCCACUCCUCCAGCGCCGUCUCCCUCCCCGCCGUCGUCCAGCCACUCGAGUGCGCCGCCAACAUCCCCAAUCGACCAGCGCCUCCCGUCAAACGCUGCCCUGUCGCCGUCCAGCCACUUCAGCGCCGCUUCCUUCCCCAUCGACCGUCACCUCCUCGUCGUUCCAGGGCUAACCCUUCGACGUCCAGCAGCCCCCCUCACCGUCGAGCACCGGCGCAGGGCCUCCCUCGUCUGCCGGAUCUGCCUCACGGCCUCGUCCUCCUGUUUCCUCCCAGUCCAGCGCCUCCAAACAACACAGAAAAGGUCGCAAGUACCGCGCGCCGGCCCCCAAGGAAGAUCGAUGGAGACGCUGCCGGACGACGUUGUCGUGGAGAUCCUGGUCCGCGUGACGGAGGUGGCAGCCCUAUUCCGCUGCACCGCAACGUGCAGGCGAUGGCGCCUCCUCAUAGCUGACCCGUCUUUCCUCCGCCGCCGCUGGCCGGAGGGCGUGAGCCUCCAGUCCUCCCUGCUCGGCUUCUUCGCCUUGCAACAGCCCCGUCAAGAACCAACAGAAGGGAGCUCUACAAUGCCGCUCUUCACCCCGGUGCCAUGCUCCCCCCACCGCUUCAUCGCCAUCCCUGAUCAGCCUCGAGGCGGCCAGGCAGUGGUGCUCGCCUCGCACCGUGGCCUUCUUGUUGUGCGCUUCGUCCCACUCGACGCCAUCAGCAUGUUCGAGAAAAUCAUGAUCCUGGCUGUGUGUGAUCCAAUCGCCGGCACAAGCCGCCCGCUGCCUCCGUUGAAGUGCAGUAGGUCUUUCCGAAUAGAAGGAUGCGCCCUUCUAACUGGUGCGGAUUGUCGCGUGACCAAACGGCGAGGGGCGUCGCCGUCAGUCUACUCGUCCUUCAAAGUGCUAAUCAUCAGUUACGACGGACGGUACAAUCUCCAUGUGCUCGCGUCCAAUGAGUUGAGCUGGAGGACGUCUAGAAACUGGUUUGAACCUGUUGAGUAUGCCGGACGUGUGGUGCCCCAGCAGAUCAACAUCGUCGUGUGCCGAGGCAUGGCACACUGGCUCUUCAAGUACUCGUCAGACUUCUACACACUCAACGUGUGCGCUAAGACCAUGCAGAUGUCUAUAACAAAGCUCCCUCUCACAAGGAACCCCCUCGGCUUCAAGUUUUCAAGUGCACUGCUUAAUGUCACCAACGAUGGAAGUCUAUCGCUGCUUGGUUUAUACAGGGACUGCAGCUGGCUGGAGAUGUGGACACAUGAAGGUGACAACAAGAGUGUAGAUGGCAUGGCAGACUGCUGGCACCAAACCAAGAUGAUUGAGCUAAUACAACUCAAGGAGAGUACGGUUGGCCUGGUGCAAUGCGUGUGCGUGAGCGAGAUGAGCGGUAAACUGCUCGUAAAGGACAAUCAAGAUUGCGCGUACAUUGUAGAUCUCCAAACUGGGGCGAUGGAGAAUGUCACCGACUGGUUUUGCGGCAUUGUCACGAUGGCUGUCCCAUUUGAGAAGGAUUGGCCGACCUUCUUCAUGUCUCGCUUGGCGGGUGGUAGGAUCAAGCGGAAUAAACUGAGAGGAGCUAUAUCGAAAAUUGCUUCCACUUUUUGCAAACCAAUAGUUGUGGCAAUUAUCUUUGGGUUAAUUGUUAUGAGUCUGGAUCAUGAAGAGCUACAGGAAUCUUAAGAUCUGUGUGUGGCAGACUUAAUGAAGAUGCAAGUUAAUUUAUCACGUGUACCUGCGCAUAUUUGGGUUAAUUAUCUUUGGGUUAGUUGUUAUGAGUCUGGAUCAUGAAGAGCUACGAGAUUGAUCAUAGUGCAACGUCUAGGCAAGGAACAGAUGUUGCAAGAGUUGCCCUGCUAAAUCAGAUCAAUAGGAUAGAACUGCCUUGUGCAGAAUAAUUUGGUCUAGUGGUGUAGAAUAUGGCCUCUGUGUUUUAUUUCCAGUUUUAACAUGUGCCUGUUUAGACUUGGUGUGCUACUGCUAGCUGAACCUUUGAUGUUCUGUUGAACAAAUACUACCUCCGUAAACUAAUAUAAGAGCGUUUAGAAUACUAAAGUAGUAAUCUAAACACUCUUAUAUUAGUUUACAGAGGGAGUAGUAAUGAGGUGCUGAGUAGUCGUUUGUAUUAUUAUGAGAAUCCCCAUUAUC